AUGACAGAAGACAUACGAUUGAAUUCUUCUAAAUUAGGGACUCAAGAAUAUUGGAACAAUUUCUAUAAAAGAGAGAUUGAAAAUUUUCAUGACAAUCCAGCAGAUACCGGAGAAUGUUGGUUUGACGACUCAGAUGCCGAGCUGAAAAUGAUUCAGUUUUUGAUCAAUCACUUGAAUGAAAAUUCUUUACCUUUCGAGAAGGAAGAGCUUAAAAUAAUUGAUUUAGGAACUGGUAAUGGACACUUAUUAUUUCAAAUGCAUGAAGAUAUGGAUGAAGAUUGUGAAGUAAAUGACCAAAUAAGUUUGAAAUACACCGGUAUUGACUAUUCACCUGAUUCGGUCAAGUUUGCUUCGGAUAUCGCAAUAACAAAGUAUGAACAAGCUAGCUUCGAGUUUGACCAAGUUGAUUUAUUACAAAAAGAAAGCGAAUUUUUAGCUAAACAUGAAGGAGAAUAUGAUAUUCUAUUAGAUAAAGGAACUUUGGAUGCGAUUGCCCUAAACAAUGAACCACUUGAAGAACAUGAUGGUAAAAUUGGAAUGGAGAUCUAUUCAAGACAAAUAUCAAAAAUUAUGCAUAAAGAUUCAAUUUUAUUAAUUACAUCAUGUAAUUUUACCGAAUCCGAAUUGAUCAAAGUAAUCACUGAAAAUGGAACCAAUAACUUAGAAGUAUGGGAUCAAAUACAAUAUCCAAGUUUCCAAUUUGGAGGAAUUAAAGGAUCAACCAUUUGUAGUAUAGCAUUUAUUAAAAAGUGA